AUGGCGGCGUGUUUGGCGCGCGCGGUGCUGCGCGUGCUGAGCUGCUUCAGCGUGUCGCGGGUUUUGGCCGACAGUUUGGCUCCUCCUGUAAAUGUGUCGAUCCGGGAUCUAAAGGCCAAUUCAGCGACAGUGACAUGGGAUAUCCCUGGAGCGGAGCCAGUGAUUGGAUUUGCCAUCACACAGCAGAAAAAGGAUGUGCACAUGCUGCGCUUCAUACAGGAAGUGAACACCACUACACGGAGCUGUGCAUUGUGGGAUUUGGAGGCGGAGACAGACUACAUCGUGCACGUGCAGUCCAUUAGUGUGCACGGGACGAGCCCACCAAGUGAAACUCUACGUUUCAGGACGCCAAAGGAAGCAGAGAGACAGGCGUCUAAAAACGAAGUCACCAUGGAGGAAGUAGGGCAAGCCAGUCAGCUCAGGGCCGGGGAGCUCAUCAUCAUCGUGGUGGUACUGGUCAUGUGGGCAGGUGUGAUUGCCCUGUUCUGCCGUCAGUACGAUAUAAUCAAAGACAACGAGCCGAACAAUAACAAAGACAAAGCCAAGAACUCAUCGGAGUGCAGUACCCCUGAGCACCCAACGGGGGGGCUGUUACGGAGCAAGGUGUAA